AUGCCGACCUAUCUCAUGUAAAAUCCAUCAAUUCCAGUUCAAGAAAUAAGCCCAAACAAGAAAUAGAAGUCAUUUUAAAAGAAGAAUAAACUUGCAUUGGGAGUUUCUAAAGAAUGGAACCAAUCAUUAGUCAAUUAGUCAAGCUUGUUUCAUGAUGUAUCAGACAACUUAAAUGAGUCUCUGCCAUAUUAAGAGGAGCAUUCUAGAGAUAAUACAUUCAAAAAGAUAAAGCGUAUUGAAAUCAGCAAUAUAUUCAAUAGAAAUCAAUCAUCAGAUAAUAAUAACACAAAUUACUUGCAAAGGAACAAUACAUAAACUUAAACACCAUCUUAUCGUAAUGAUCUAAGAAUGAAUAGCAGUGAUUAAGAGUCUUAAGAAUUGGUUAGCAGGUAGGAUAUAAGUUAGUCUAAUUAUAAAACUACUUAAGAUAAGGGUGGUAGAACGACAAACCUAACUCCACUUAAAAAAGUCUCAAAUAGAUUGAUGGUUAAUGUCAAUAGAGAUAAAUUAAGAGAUGAGAUAAGCUAAAUAUACAGUCAAAAUAUUGCGAGUAAAAAAUCAGAAUCUGUAUUUUCAACCGAUCUCAAGAAUUAUGCUACAAGCUUCAACAUUAAAGAAUAAUUUGUCGAGAAUAACAAAAGCAAGAGCUUGGUAAGAAUACCGUUGAAUCCUGUUAAAGUUUACAAUUGUCUUACAGAUCAAAUUAGUGAGUAUUAACCCCCAGAUAUAAAAAUCUAUGAAGAUUCUAAAUUUUAAUCUAACUAUCAAAGACUUUUAAGUUAAGAAAAAUCAUUCAACAAAAAGAUUGGAUACUUUACUUAUGAGGUUAAGAAUAAAUAAGAACUAUAAAGACAUUUGAGAAAUAAUUAAUCUAUGAUAUAAAAGGAUGAUAGGGAAAAUUAGUACGCUAACAAAGAUUAUAUAUGCGAAAGAUCCCUAGGUAGAGUAUCAAUCGAUCCAUCAAUAGAUAGAAUAUCUGUUAGUAUUCAUUAAAAAGGAAAAAACAUAAUGAGCUCACAUUUAGAAAGUUAAAAAUUAUCAAAGAGAUCUUAGUACUCUUCAACAAAGGAUUAUACUUAGGUCUAAUAGUUUGAUUAAAAUUAAAGCCAAAGCAGAAAUAAAAUAUUUAUGAAAAAUAACAAAACUAUUGCUAAUCAAUUAUUAAAUAUGACUGACUCUAAUGCUAAGGAAACUGAUGAUUAUAGACCAAAACUAAUAUCUAUUAAUGAGAAGAGUGUUAAGAAUCUCAUUGGAGGAGAGAUGCAAGUAGAUUAGAUUAAAUGUUUCUUCCGAAAUAAUCGUAAAGGGCAUAAAUCUGUAUAGCCUAAUAUGAGGCACAACCAUAGGCUGACAUACAUGUCCAAAAAUGAAAUUUAGAGAAUGGAGUAAUAGUAAGAUUUUAUGAAUGAUACCAUGUAUAAGCACAUGAUUAGAGAUAUAGAGCACUUAGAUGAAUUUGAAGAUAAAUUUUGUAAAGACAAUUCUAUCAUUUCCAACUUACCAAGAAUGAAGCAUAAAUAUAACAUUUGA